AUGGGGAUUGCGCGCUGGUUUUGGGACGCCGCGGCGGGAGUAGCAGGAGCUGGCGGAGCGGACGAAGCGGAAGCAGAAGGUGCGGAAGGCUUGGCGGAAGCGGCGGAACGAGGGGAAGGCGCGGCAGGCGCAAGCCAGACCGGCAAGCAUUCUAAUGAUGUGACGGUGGUGACAGCGACUGGACACACGGCGGCGAUUGACACGUGUCGCGCCGCGCCAGGCGACGACGCGGGCGAUAAUGCGGCGCCGACGCGGACGACGCUGUACCCAUCGGCGCGCAGCGAAGGCGGUGGCGGCGAGCGGAGCGCGCGGGACGUGUUAAUAGUGAAAGCGGGAAGGCCGCCCGCGGAUUCGGGGCGGGCCAGAGGCGGCGUGUUCCGCAAGAAGCAGCGGCGGGGGAAGGGCAGGCGGAGCGUGUUCGUGUACGAGCUGGUGCGCGCGCCCGCGGGGGAAGGCAGCGGGGAUCAGGGAUGCCGUGGGUUGCCGCGCGCGAGAACAGCAGGCGCAGCAGAGAGCGGCAGUGGUGGGUUGUGGGGGGCGGAUGGCUCGGAAGGAUUGGCGGAAGGGUCGGCGGAAGGAUCGGCGGAGGGUGCAAGAGGAAAGGCGCAGGGCUGGCAGCAGCAGUCGCUGGAUCGAAGCGACACGCAUAGCGACAUUGCUGACGUGGACGAGUGGAGGAGGGAGAUGGAGAAAUAUCUGGCGGAGAAGGAAAGGCGGGCGAGCCUUGAGGCUACUGAGAAGGAAAGACGCGCGAUCCAUGUUUCGAGUCAGAAGGAACGGCAACUUACGAGAGAGGGAAGGGGAGUUGGCGGCUUGGGAGGGGAGCAGCACGAACGGGAGAACGGCAGCGGCGGCGGCGACGGUAGCUGGGGGUUGCGCGACGAUGAUGAUGACGACUCGUUAAGAGCUAGCGGGCGCGCUUGUAACGCGUACGGGGGCUGUGACGAGGGAGACAACAGCUGGCACGAUACAAGCAGCGAAGGGGAGGCGGCAAUUGACCGGUGGGACCUGGACGCGGAUAUCGAAGAGCACCAUAGCGAGGAUGAAAGCAGUGCCGCGCUGUCCGCCGCCACGAGCGGCCGCGGCGAAGACGCGUGGGGCGUUGGGGGGAGCAGCGGCAGUGAGGGGCGAAGAGCGCGGCAGGGGCGAGACGAAGGACUAGUAACAGACUUGGGAGUGGAUGGGGAGGAGUUGGGAGUGGUGAGGAGGGACGGGGAUUGGUAUGAAGAGGCGGAGGAGGGUGUGUUGCUGGUGGACGAGGGACGGGUCGUGCUCGCGGGUGCAUCGGCUUCUGAGUCAGACAGUGGCGAGCGCGGCGGAAAGGGAGAACGGGGGAGGGAGCGCGGAUGCUCCUAUGCAACCCCAUCCCCCCCCGCAGGUGCAGCAGUCCCUUCCACUGCGCCGCCCCAUGCCAUCCGCCAAGCCAGCAGGGCCGCCGUCGCGCGCGCUGCAGUGCAGGCUUUCGGCGCGCAGGCGGACAGGAGAGGCGACGACAGGGAUAGCGACGGCAGGGAUAGCGACAGCAGCAGCAGGGAAAGUGAGCGACCUGUGCUGCUGCGCUGCGAGGGCGUGCGGGGGAGCAACCGCGUACGCGCAUUUGAUCCCAACGAGUACCUCCCCGUACCCUCUGCACCUGCAGCACACGCAGACGCCGGAGCAGCAAGUGGCAGUGCAGGUGCGACUGCCUCCGAGUACCUCCCCGUGCCCGCAACCGCUGCCCCCACAGCAGCAGCUGCGCCUUCUAGCGCCUACCGCCCUGCCACAGCAGCACCCGCGGCCGCCACAGAAGCUGGGCCUGAUAGCCAUGAGACGGAGGGAGGCGACAGGGAAUGCCAGGGGGAUGACGCGGUGGUGACGUCAGCAGUGGCGGGGAAGAGCCCACACGUGUCGGCAUGGUGGCGAUUCGGUGGGGCUGAUAAGAGCGCCGAUAGGAGCGACGAUAGGAGCGCUGAUAAGAGCGCCAGCAGCGGGCAGGGAGGCAGGCGGAAGAGCACAUGCAGCGGAGUGGGCAGUGGGGUGAGUAAGGGGAGCCGGUCGCGACCGGUGGGACCCCCACCCACUCCUCAGAGCCCUGACGACGUGGCACGCACGGAAAGCCGCACCUCGCACUUGAUAUCACCGCCGGCUCUCCUCUCGAGCACGUCAGCAUCGUCAUCAUCCCGCCUCCCGCCCUCGCCGCGCCUUCCGCCGUCCCCGCGCCUCCCGCCCUCCCCGCGGCUACCGCCGUCCCCCGGGCUGAGAAGGCAGCAGUCCGCCGCGGCUUCGCUUGCUGCGGCUGAGGCGAGUCAACGGCAGAGUGAGAGGCAGGCUGAGUUGACUGCAAGAGCAGGCAAGGAUGGCACGGGAGCGCGGGAGGAGUGCGGACGACCAGCGGUGGUAUUCCACAAGAGCAGCAGCACUGGCAGCAGCGGGGGAGGAGGAGGCACCAGCAGUGGCGUCGGCAAUGAGUUGGGCAGGCAGAACGGCUCUUCAGCCGCGGCCAAGCCUAGGCCUCUGAGUCGUGCCAACUCCGCUGCCCCCGCGCUCCUGCACCCGCAGCCCAUCUUGCUGGCUGAAGCGAUGCCGGAUGCAAGAGGGAGGGAGCGGAUGAGGGUGAUUCAGGGAGGGAGAGAGCAUGCAGUCACAUCACCAGCACCUGUACCUCCUCCCAUGCGACGGUCCCGGACAGACACGCGGCAGGAGAGGCGGGCGAGUGAGCAGAGGGAGCAGAUGGGUGUGUGUGUGAAACAAGAUGUGGAAAUGGUGGAAGCAGCGGCACCACCCAUGCGACGGUCACGGACUGACACGAGGCAGGAGAGACGGGCAAGGAAGCAGCAGGAGCAGAUGGAGCAGAUGGGUGUGUGUGUGAAACAAGAUGUGGGAUUGGUUUCCGCUCCACCUCCCAUGCGACGCUCACGGACUGAUACAAGGCAGGAGAGGGGGAUGAGGGCACGGCAGCAGGCAGUGGUACCAGCAAUGAGGGGGGGCGGCAGGAGAAGCGAGGGGAGCGGCAGAGGGGAAGCAGGCAGCGGGCGGGUGUUGCGGCGAGGCAAGACACAACCGAGCAGGCGCAUGGAACAACAGGAGGGGGUGCCCCGGCGCAGAGAGGCGGACCUACUCAUUCGCACCCAUGCUCUGUGA